AUGUAUGAGGAGGAUGAGGAGGAUGGCAUUGUUGUUGAUGUGGAGGACGAGGGUGAUGAAGGUACUAUUCCUGAGGCUAUACAUGUGGAGGAAGAGGGUGAUGAAUGUACUAUUCCUGAGGGUACAAAUGUGGUUGAGGAUAAGCAUGAAGGUACUAUUCCUGAUGGUAUAAAUGUGGUUGAGGAGGGUGAUAAAGACACUGUUCCUGGGGGUAUAAAUGUGGAAGAGGAGGGCGAUGAAGGUACUGUUCCAGAUGGUAUAAAUGUUGAGGAUGAGACUAUAUAUGAAGAGGGAGAGUGGCAAAAGGGCUAA